UACCGUUCAAAAACAUUUAGCCCGCUAGCGAAUUGGAUAAGGAUAGCAAUCUCGACUUCAACCCCGCUCGAGACUUUCUACUUAUCUCUUCGACAACAAGCAGGACCCAAUCGCUUUAUAUGCGAGCAUUUAAUCCAGCUAUGGGCUUCUAUUCUUGCAGCCAAAAUGCAGCAGUCUGUUCCUAAGCCAAGUGGGUCAGGAUUGCCCAAGCUGCGAGAGGAAGAAGAAUGGGCAGACAAUGAGAUCUAUUUAACGGAUGAUAAACAUAAAGUGUCUGAGCUACCAAAAUCUCCAAACUGCUCUUCAUUGAUUGCAUUGUAUUUGCAAGGGAAUUAUGAGCUGGCAGCUAUUCCCCCCCUAUUCUUUCGGCGCAUGGCCCUUCUCCAAGUAUUAGAUUUGUCCCAUACUAGCAUCAAAUCUUUGCCAAAAUCUCUUCCCAAGUUGGUUUCAUUAAAAAAGCUCUUGCUACGAGGUUGUGAACUCUUCAUGGAACUAUCACCUCAGGUUGGUAAACUUAAAAAUCUCGAGGAGCUUGAUCUUGAUGAAACUCAGAUCAUGCAUCUGCCAAGAAAGAUUGGAAAGUUAGUCAAGUCUUUGAGAGUAUCAUUUUAUCAUAUCUGUGGCAAAAAGGAGUCGAAAUCAAACUUUGUGAUUCACCCUCAGACAAUAUCAAUUCUUUCGCAACUUGCUGAAUUAAGCAUUGAUGUGAAUCCGGCAGACAAGAGGUGGGAUGAUUCUGUGGAAGCCGUUGUGAAGGAAGUAUGCAACUCAAAAACAGUGAAGACUCUUAGCUUGUACCUGCCUAAAUUCCAACUUUUAGAUAAUUUAUCAUCGAUGUAUCCUUCAUUGUCACACUUUAGUUUUACGGUUGGCCAUCAUAAAAGGAGAAUCAUAUCUCGUGUACCUCAUGAAGUUGAAGCAGAAUUCAGAAAUUGGGAUAAAUGCUUGAAGUUUGUGAAUGGUAUAAACAUCCCAAUCGAAAUAGAAGCGGUACUCAAAUAUUCUUCUUCAUUUUUCUUGGACAACCAUGCAACCGCUAUGAAUCUAUCUGAAUUUGGGAUCGAGAAUAUGAAAAGGCUAAAAUUUUGCUUGUUGGCAGAGUGUAAUAAGAUGGAAACCCUAAUUGAUGGAGAGAUGCAUGACGAAAGAAAUGAAGAUGGUCAAUCUGAAUCUGACACUGGUUCUGCAGAACAUGUGCUUGAAUCUCUAGAAUAUUUGAGCAUUUAUUACAUGGAAAAUUUAUGGAGUAUUUGGAGAGGACCAAAUCGUUGUGGAUGUAUGUCUAGGUUGAAAUUCCUAGCGCUGCAUACAUGCCCCCAGCUAAGACAUAUUUUCGCUCGUACUUUGCUUGAAAAUUUUGUCAACUUGGAGGAGAUUAUCGUUGAGGACUGCCCCCAAGUCACCAGCCUGGUAAGCCGUGCAUCUGUCAAGCCAAUGAUGUCAAAUAAAUUUCUCCCUAGUUUGAAAAGAUUGCUGCUUCUCUACCUUCCUGGACUGGUCAGCAUUUCUAAUGGUCUAUUAAUAGCACCAAAAUUAGAAAGCAUAGGCUUUUAUAAUUGCCCAAAGCUCAAAAGCAUAACAAAAAUGGAAUUGUCAAGCAAAACUUUGAAGAUAAUCAAAGGAGAAUGUCAGUGGUGGGAAGAUUUGAAUUGGAAUGAAACGGAGUGGGGAAAUCGGCCAGAUUAUCUGAUGCGUAUCUUUUGCCCUAUCAGUAAUGAGAAAGAUGUUAUGACCCAAUUGACAGAAGACAGGGAUCUACUUGAAGCUAUCAUACAAAAUGAAGCCCAACAAAAUGAUGAUGAAAAGUUGCUCGAAGUUUCAACACAAGAUCAUAAAGGCCAGUGCUCAGAUUAUAAGGAGGACAGAAUAACGGGGACAGACGGGACAAAGUCCCCUUCGUCAUGCAUACUUCCAUCCAAUUCAUGGACGGGGACGGACUUGACAAAUUCUUCUUCGUCAUGUAUACUUCCAUCCAAUCCUUUGAGGACGUUUGAUGCACCAAAACAAGCAUUGAGCUUUUUUUCAUCAGAGAAGAACAAGAGGCUAGAAGAUGGUUACUUUGAUCAGGCUGCAGAAAUUUGUGAAGUAGACGUUGAUGAAGAUGAACCUAAGGCCAAAAGAAGCAACUGUACUGAGAAUGAAAACAAGGGUGUCAUAGGUUCUGUGAGCAAAACUACAAGAGGGCAUAGAGUUGCAGUUCGAACCAGAAGCAACAGUGUGGUACUUGGUGAUGGUUAUAAAUGGAGGAAAUAUGGAAAGAAAAAGAAAUCUGUCAAGGGAAAUCCCCAUCUCCGGUGCUACUACAAAUGUUCGACAAUGGGUUGUCCAGCGAAGAAAAGGGUUGAGCGAGACUACCAAGAUACAAGCUUUUUGAUCACCACCUAUGAAGGGGUACAUAACCAUGGCUGUUAUAACAUGGGAUUGUAUAAUUUGCACACUCGACUUUGUAAUGAUCAUAGGGCCAAUUACGUGGAAGAUGCUGCUGAUUCAGGUUAUGAAGAUGUAUUUGAAGCACCAAUACAAGAUAUAGGUGUACAACCAGAAUAUGAAGGUAUUCCUGAAGCUUUGAUUCGAGAUGAAUCUCAACAAUCAGCAGACCCACAACCCUCAGAACUAGCAAUCAGAAUGUCAGAGUCACCACCUUCUCCUAUUGGAAGUACUCCCUGGAGUGAGGUCUAUGACUGUGAUUUCAAGGAACAGGAGCUCAAAGAUGAUUCCGAUAAAAGAUUGUUAUGUUGCAGAAGAAAUCUGUCAAGAUGGACGGAACUAAUCCGAGUUCCGUCUACAGGCUUGGAGGUACCUCCAGACGAUGGCUUCUCUUGGAGAAAAUGUGGACAAAAUGAAAUUCUUGGUUCAAAAUAUCCAAGAGCCUAUUACAGGUGCACCCACCGAAAUGUACAAGAUUGUAUGGCUACAAAGCAAGUACAGCGAUCAGAUGAUGACCCAACAAUAUUUGAGAUCACUUACCACGGAAGGCAUACUUGUACUCUAGCCUCACAUGUAGUGCCUUCCCCAGGACCAUUGGAAAAUCAAGACCAAGGAACCUCUUCUGUAUGGUCCACGUAUUGGAAAGUAUUUUCAAUGCUGAACUGCAAUACCUCUUUGGUGGCAGAGCCACAGCCCUCAGAACAAGCAAUCAGAAUGUCAGGGUCACAACCUCCUCGUAUUGGAAGUACUCCCCGGAGUGAGGUCCAUCACUGUGAUUUCGAGGAACAGGAGCUCAAAGGUGACUCCAAGAAAAGAAAAACUCUGUCAAGAUGGACGGAACUAAUCCGAGUUCCGUCUACAUGCUUGGAGGUACCUCCAGACGAUGGCUUCUCUUGGAGAAAAUAUGGACAAAAAGAAGUUCUCGGCACAAAAUAUCCAAGAGCCUACUACAGGUGCACCCACCGAAAUGUACAAAAUUGUUGUGCUACAAAGCAAGUAAAGCGAUCAGAUGAUGACCCAACAAUAUUUGAGAUCACUUACCGUGGAAGGCAUACUUGUACUCUAGCCUCACAUGUAGUGCCUUCCCCAGGACCAUUGAAAAAUCAAGACCAAGGAACCUCUUCUGUAUUGUCCACGUAUUGUAAAGCAUUUUCAAUGCUGAACUGCAAUACCUCUUUGGUGGCAGAGGCACAGCCCUCAGAACAAGCAAUCAGAAUGUCAGAGUCACAACCUCCUCGUAUUGGAAGUACUCCCCAGAGUGAGGUCCAUCACUGUGAUUUCGAGGAACAGGAGCUCGAAGAUGACUCCAAGAAAAGAAAAACUCUGUCAAGAUGGACGGCACUAAUCCGAGUUCCAUCUACGGGCUUGGGAGAAGCUAUUACUGGUGCAUAUCCGGAAAUGUACAAGGUUGUCUGGCUCAAAAGCAAGUUCAGCGAUCUGAUGACGACCCAACAAUCUUUGAGAUCACUUACCACGGAAGGCACACUUGUACUCUAG